AUGCUGGCUACCGGGUCUCGCGACAGCUCCGUCCGUGAGGCCAAACAAUUUGUCAGAGAAGUCGUUCGUAAUGACUGGGAAUUUGAGUCCGGAGUUCCUUCCCCCUCGUCCGCCAGUGGCACCCUCUGCCAUAAUCGCGAAGUCUGCGAAUGGAGAGCCCGAGAAUUCGACACUCCCACCUCAGAACUCGAGCCUCAAAGCUCAGACAGCGAGCGCGAAGAUGAACCGCUAGCUGCGCCGACUACUUCUGGAGAUGUCGGCAUUGAGCGCCGUCGGAAACGCCGUCGCCAAAUGGACGAUGAAAUGGCAUGGAACGAAGGACUGCGUUUGUGGAUGGCCAGGCGCGACGCGUGGUGUGGCGCGAAGACUCGGCGACAGAUACGGGCCGAGGAUGGAAAACGGGCGGUGGGAGAUGUGCAGGCAGGUACGGCAAAUGAGCUCACUGGCGCUGAACCGGGAGCGAGUGGUGCGACUUCAGCUGCGCCCGUUACGCCUGGACAGGGCAGUGAUGGCGUUGACAUGCCUGAGUUGACCGCCCAGACAGUGACUUCUCUUUCCGUCGCAGACAGAGAAAAGAGCGAGGAGCUCCAGCAUCGAGGGGACGUGACUUCGGGACAGCAAGGGGACGUGGAGGAAGGGCUGUCGACUGCGCCAGACGAGGGAGCUAAACGGAAGUCAUCGGAGACCACCAUCACGGAGCCGGAUCAGAAGAAUCCAGCGACCGCUCAACUAACGACCCUACCGGCCGUGGAAGAUCAGACGGAAGAAGAGAAAGUGGAAGAAGAGCUCGAUGAGCCACUUUGUCCUGUCGCGCCGCCUUUCAUCUCGAAUGAUAAUGCAGUCCGCGCAACUAUCAAUCCCGCCAUCUACCCGUCUAUCUACACCAAGGUCGUCGUGCAAGGAAUGACACCGACCAUUCCCGUCAAUCUCGCCCAUCUGACUAAGGCUAUGGUCCAAGGCUGGAAGGCAGACGGACAGUGGCCGCCAAAACCAGCUACGACUUCAAUUGUCCUUGCCGACGAUGCAUCCGUACCGAAGAAGCCUGAACCAUCCGAGGACGCGCCACCACCGGGCAGGAGGAAGAACAGCAUCACCAAUGCCGUGAAGAAGGUAUUUCAUUUCGGAACACACCCGUUUCAUCGCCGCCAGAGCCAUGACGCCGGGAACGGAGCCGGUGCUGGACCGACGACUUAG